GCUUGUAGAUUUUGUUUGUGGCCUUCACUUUCUCUCUAAAUUAGAGCCAUCUUUCAUUUCCCUUCAAGAGGAGCUUCAAAUCUUGCUAAAUUUAGAGCCUCUUUUUCUUACACACGGAUACAAUUAGAAUAACACCGAAUGACAGUUUAAUAAUCACUAGGGCAUGAAGCUCCCAGAAGGGAUUGACUUGGGAUUGACUUUUGAGUCAUCCAUCCCAGCUCCACCAUUGUUUGUAGUUAGUCUGAUUUGCCAUUUAGCUACACUCGUUCUUACUCGGCCUUUAUGGAAUUAACAGAGGGAGCUGAAAGAUGGAAAGGACCAGAUUGGAUUUAAGAUUUCAUCACUCUGGAUCAACAGAAUCAGUGGAAUCUGCUUUAGAUUUGGAAAUAAACUUCUGCAAUCAUCUUAAUCUGCCUUCAUCAAGUACUUCUCCUCUUCAGCCCCUUGCAUCUAGUGCUCUGCAUUCUGAGAGCAAUGCUGCUUACUUCUCAUGGCCUACUUCAAGUCAAUUAGUUGAUGUGGCAGAGGAUAGAGCAAACUAUUUUGGAAACCUACAGAAAGGGGUCUUGCCAGAAACUCUUGGACGGUUGCCAUCAGGACAGCAAGCAACCACCUUACUUGAGUUGAUGACCAUUAGAGCAUUUCAUAGUAAAAAACUGCGUAGGUUUAGUCUUGGAACAGCAAUUGGGUUUCGUAUUCGACGGGGUGUCUUGACGGAUAUACCAGCUAUUCUUGUCUUUGUUUCACGUAAAGUUCAUAGGCAAUGGCUUAGCCAGUUUCAAUGUUUACCUACUGCUCUUGAGGGUCCAGGAGGCGUGUGGUGUGAUAUAGACGUCGUGGAAUUCUCAUAUUAUGGUGCACCUGCUGCUGCUCCCAAAGAACAAUUGUACACCGAGCUUGUACAUGACUUGAGGGGAAGUGAUCCAAUCAUUGGUUCUGGUUCACAGGUUGCCAACCAAGAGACCUAUGGAACAUUGGGUGCUAUUGUAAAGAGCCGAACUGGAAAUCGUCAGGUAGGUUUCCUCACAAAUCGGCAUGUUGCAGUUGACUUAGACUACCCAAGUCAGAAGAUGUUUCAUCCUUUACCGCCCAGCCUUGGGCCUGGUGUGUACCUUGGUGCUGUAGAGAGGGCAACCUCAUUUAUCACAGAUGACCUUUGGUAUGGAAUCUUUGCUGGUAUAAAUCCAGAAACGUUUGUGCGAGCAGAUGGGGCUUUUAUUCCGUUUGCUGAUGAUUUUAAUAUCAACAAUGUAACUACAACUGUAAAAGGAGUCGGUCAGAUCGGUGAUGUUCAUAUCAUAGACUUGCAGUCUCCAAUUAGCAGUCUCAUUGGAAGGCAAGUCGUCAAAGUGGGAAGAAGCUCUGGAUUGACCACUGGGACGAUAAUGGCGUAUGCUUUAGAGUACAAUGAUGAGAAAGGGAUAUGUUUCUUUACCGAUUUUCUCGUUGUUGGUGAGAAUGAGCAGACUUUUGACCUUGAAGGUGAUAGCGGAAGCCUCAUACUUUUAACAGGUCAGAAUGGGGAAAAGCCACAGCCUGUUGGGAUAAUUUGGGGUGGUACUGCUAAUAGAGGUCGGUUGAAACUCAAAGUUGGCCAACCCCCAGAAAAUUGGACUAGUGGAGUUGAUCUUGGGCGUCUUUUAGACCUCCUUGAACUCGAUCUCAUCACAACCAAUGAGGGGCUUCAAGCUGCUGUACAAGAUCAAAGAAAUGCUUCUGCAGCGGCGAUCAAUUCUACCGUCGGGGAGUCUUCUCCCCUGGUCCAGGUUGCAUCCAAAGAUAAAAUUGAGAACUUUGAGCCUAUUAAUUUAAAUAUCGAGCAAGGACAUGUAAUACCGGUCAUGUGUACGAAGUAUCAAGCUGCAGGUAGCGUUGAAGCUGCUCCUAAUGUGGAACACCAGUUUAUUCCAAGUUUCAAUGUGAAGUCUUCGGUUCAUGGUAAUAACCGACAGGAAAACCUUGAGUUCAAAAGUCUUUCAGCAUUACGAAAUGGAUCAGAUGAGGAGAUUUAUGUUUCACUGCAGUUAGGCGAGCCUGAAGCAAAGAGAAGAAAAUAUUCGGAUUCCUUGUGUAGCAUCAAAGACUCGAUGUAAAAGAGUUUCACCAAUCAAGGCAAAUUGCUUGGAGAUAUCAUCUUACCAGAAACAAUCAGUUCAGACAAUUAUUCCUGUCAUCACUUCAAAAAAACAAUGGGGCUUCCUUAAAAAGAACCAAACCAUGAAACUGUUGGGGAGUUAUCAUUAUUACCCCGCUCGAAUCUUUUGGUGUAGGAAUUUGUUAUACGGUCUUGGUUGAAAAAGAUGGUUAGGGAGUAGCUAUGCAAAAUAUUUCUUUGAUGACUGUUUGUGUGGAAUUGGUGUACCAUAAUAAAGCACUCCAAAAGUGGCAACUAUGAGCUGCAGUUAAGUAGAAACAUUGAAU